CCCAGAGUCGUCCGUCCGUCCGUCCGUCCGUCCUCUUCCUUGCACGGGCGGGCGGGCUGAUGGGCCAGCCGGACCUGCCGGAACGCUCAAGCAACGGAGCGGAGCGGAGCGCCAUGGCCCGCGUGGUGCGAGAAGCGGCGGUGCCUGAGUCAGCCGUGGGAGUAGGUGUGAUGCUGAGCCGGCGGAGGAGGACUAAAGGCAGGCGGAGAAAGCGAAAGGACUUGUUCGCCCUGCAGAUGUGCUUCAUGGGCAUUCUGCUGGGGCUCGUUGUUGCCCUCAACAAUGUGGCACACAAGGAAGCACACCACGUUUCAAGCUCCGUGAUAGCGGAAGAGCCCAGGUGGGAGAGUCGUCACCUUCUGCAAGACUUCCACGACAAUCAGUCCAAGCUCUUCUCGGAGCUUGACAAAAACUGCACCGAACCAGCUAUUCACGAGUUCCCCACAGACUACUUCACAAACCAGGAGCGCAUUGACGGAGCCGUGGGAUUCCAUGUCCUCUGUGCUGUCUAUAUGUUCUAUGCCUUGGCCCUUGUGUGUGACGAUUACUUUGUCCCCUCGUUAGACAAGAUAUGUGAGCGUCUUGAUCUCAGUGAGGAUGUUGCAGGGGCGACCUUCAUGGCUGCAGGAAGUUCAGCGCCUGAAUUGUUCACCUCGGUCAUAGGAGUAUUCAUUACGAAAGGGGAUGUUGGGGUUGGCACCAUCGUUGGCUCAGCUGUCUUCAAUAUCCUCUGCAUUAUUGGAGUAUGUGGGAUCUUUUCCAUGCAGACCAUCCAUCUGACCUGCUGGCCUCUGCUCAGAGACUCCACCUACUACACUCUGUCUAUCUCUGCUCUUAUUGUGUUCAUAUAUGACGAAAAAGUGGUUUGGUGGGAAGCACUCACCUUGAUUCUGAUGUAUUUCGUCUAUAUUUUGAUCAUGAAACUCAACUCCCAUGUGGUACGCUUUCUGGAGAGGCAAAAGAAGAAGUCAUCCAGUUUAAGGAACGGCGCCGCUAGUAACGGCGAGCUAGACGAUGGCUCCGAUGCGACUGCCGUGCUGCUGAAAAAAGCAAACCGCCACAGGAAAACAUCGGUGUUGAUGGUUGAUGAGCUUCUUUCAGCAUACCCCCACCAGUUGUCCUUCUCAGAAGCCGGCAUGAGAAUCAUGAUCACCAGCCAUUUCUCCCCGAGAACACGCCUCACCAUGGCCUCCCGAAUGCUCAUCACUGAGAGGCAACGUCUGAUCAACACACAAACUUUGAUCAAUGGCGACUCGGACGGGCCCGCGAAAGGAGCGGCGGCGGCGGGCAAGCGGGCUAUAGAAAACGGGCUGUCUGGAGCAGAACGCGGUGUCAACGUGCGGCGUGAGGAUCACGAGGCAGGCAAUGAGACGGAGAACGAGGACAAUGAGAAUAACGAAAAUGAUGAUGAGGAGGAAGAAGAAGAAGAAGAUGGAGAAGGACCUUUUGUGCCCUUCCAGUGUCCAGCGGGUAUAUGCAACAAAGUGAAGUGGCUGCUGGCCUGGCCUCUGUGCCUGCUGCUCUACUUCACCGUGCCCAACUGUUCCUCUCCACGUUGGGAGAAUUGGUUCAUGCUGUCGUUUGUCUCCUCAACCCUGUGGAUCGCCGCCUUCUCCUACUUCAUGGUUUGGAUGGUCACGGUGAUUGGCUUCACUCUGGGCAUCCCCGACGUCAUCAUGGGCAUCACCUUCCUGGCGGCUGGGACCAGUGUCCCCGAUUGUAUGGCCAGCCUCAUCGUGGCAAGACAAGGAAUGGGAGACAUGGCGGUGUCCAACUCCAUCGGGAGCAAUGUGUUUGACAUCUUGGUGGGACUUGGCCUCCCCUGGGCCCUGAAGACGCUAGCCAUCAACUACGGCUCCGACAUCAAGUUAUACAGCAAAGGACUGAUUUUUUCCGUCGGCCUUCUGUUGGCGUCUGUGUUUCUCACGGUCAUUGGCGUUCACCUCAACAAGUGGACGCUGGACAAGCGCCUCGGUAUCAUGUGUCUCCUCCUCUACUCCGUCUUCCUGUGUUUCUCUUGCCUCAUCGAGUACAACAUCUUCACCUUUGUCAACCUGCCCACCUGCAGGGAUGACUAAGCUACACGCACACGCACAUGCACGCACGCACUUGAAGUUGGAUGGCAGCGUACCAAAAUUGCAAAUCUUAUGAACGAGAUGAAUGUGCAGACAACGUUGGCUCAGUGGAAUUCACACGUGUUUAUUGUUUAUUUAUUUAUUUAUUUAUUGAUGUAUUUAUCAGUACGAAAAGAGGAGGGACGGCCCACACGGGAUGACGACGGCAGCGACAAGCGCAGCUUUCUGAUGACUUGUUUUCUUUUCCUCCUGUGACGACUUCGUCGAGCGUUCUCGUUUUGAGGAAACGGUGGAAUUCCAAGUCAAUUAACUGCUAUGGGCUCGCUUGUUCUGCAAAUGAGACAAUGUCCCAGCUGUCAUGAUCUGAGCAUCCAUAUUCCGGACGAUGGUCCAGGACCCAUUGUCUUAUUGUCUCUCGACUCCUACAUAUCCAAAAUACACCAAGGCGUGAUUACCCACCCACCCGCUCGCUCCCAUUUUGUAAAGGUUACAACGCAGCUGACGUAGCCAUGGUUUGUAUUUCAAAUGAGUUGCUUGCCAUUUGUUCAUAGCGUCGUGUAAAUAACCCCAGAUGGCCGAUCUAUUAUUUAUUGGUGUCGUACGCACAUUGGAGGUCACCGAACCGGUUGAUUUACGGUGCCGGGGUCGCUGCAAUCCACUCUUAGGAGAGAAACGCGUCUUUACAGAUGACAAGCACAACUGCUUUGGAUGUUUUGGAAUGACUGGAUUUCGAUGCACCGUGCGUCAACAUUGGGGAACAAAAGUCCAAAUGCUCUUGCACUAUAGAGCCGAAACUAGCUUGAGAAAAUGUGACCUCUCUUUCUUUGUUGUCCUCCAAAUGGUCCGAGCUGAUUAUAGGGAUGCUUUUCCUUGUAAGAUGAAGCGGUUUGGCUCGAGCACAGGCUUUCGUAGGAGUGACAGGGUAGUCGCAGAGAAGCAAAGUACACAAAAUAACUUUUUGCUGCUUUUUGCAUACUGACCAAAUAGACACUGAUGGCAUUAUUUGACUAGCCACUCUUUGCUAGAUGGAUGGUUCCUUUCAAGAUGUUCUAGAAGACAUCAGGACAUCCUCGCUUGAAUACUAAACGUUGUAUUUUGUACGGCCUAAUGUUUCCAUUGGUCCCAAUUUGGUAGCUUUGUUCUACUGUAUUUGAAUAUUUGUCCUAGAUUUUAGAGCAUGUUAAAUGUAGGUUUGUGAACGCUCCUGAGUACUUUUACGCCACUGCGGGGAGUCCACAAACAGCACAGAAUUCGCACUUAUUCCUCAAAUGACUUCCACAACUGUUGAAAGCUGUUGAUUCUUGCACAGUAUCCUUACAAAUCUUUUUCUCUUGUUCUUUUCAUUUUGGGCCUAUUUUAUUCCACGUUGUUUCAAUGUUAAAACAUUAGAAAAGGAAUUCUAUUUCAAAUGUAUUUACAUUUUAACUUGUGCUUUGUUUAUUUGGAGUUGGUUCUGGUGGGAGGAGCUCAGUUGUUCACUUUUGUCAUCUGUGCUAUUACAGGAAAACAGGGUUUUUGAACUUGUUGAAGAACACAUACGACGUAUAAUGCAAUAAUCUUAUAAUAUUAUCAUACAAGCAUGUUGACAUCCCACUUUAAAUACGAAAGAAUUUGUAAUUGAUAAGCAUUAUAAAAAGAAUACAAGCUGUGUGGUUUUUAUGUACGGUGUGACACUUCACCAGCUGAUCUUUUAGUUCCGAAAAACGGUUGAUACCAGGUUUAAUUCAAACAGGACUCUUUUUAUAAUUGCAGUGGAAUGCAUUUUGCAACGGAACAAUCAAAUUACAACUCGCACCAUUCCGCUGGAGAAAUCCCCUUUGAAUUGGUAGACGCUCCAUGUUGUUGCUCUCAGAGGAUAAAGAUUCCCAUUUUUAGGAACUUGAGAGUUGCCACAAUCAUUUAUUUCCCUGAAGAUGUGAGAUCUCAUUCUGUGCUAAUAUCAGGCUAGAUUGUGCAGUAUGACUUUCUAGCCUAAGGUUUCAAAUAUUGAUAUAUUGAGGAGGAAUUGUCAUAGGACUAACACCAAGCUUCUCUGUUUUGUCUUUUGGCACAAUAUUGUUAUUUACAAUGUAUUACACUAUUUGAAUCCAGAGAACAACUUAUUAUGUUUGCAUGGCAAGAAAUUGAUCCGAAAUGGAAUGCAAGGCAUUGAUGAUCCAGGAUAUUCGGGACAAUUGACCAAAAAAAGAACAGUUGAUUAUUUCGUCCAUUUCUUUCUUUGAUCCAAGAAAUGUUUAGUAUAUACUAUACAGUACACGUCGCUCUUUUUGAUCUGAACACAUUCCAAACAUUUUCCAUAUAUUCAGUAUUAUCAGUGUCUGGCAUGUGAAUGUUUUUCUUUCGAUUGUCACAUGGAACAGAGCGUAUUUAUAACAUGCACUUUAUCAUACGACAACUUGUUCCAGGUUUGUUUUGAAAUGAUCCUCUGCUGCUAUUUACAAGACAUACCGAGAACUAAAACAGUAUACGAUCCCAUGUGUUCUAAAUCAACCAAACCACCACAACAAUGGUCAAAAAUGUGUCUUGGAUAUUCUGAAAUGUGUGAUACCCAUAUAGAUAAUACUAUAUUUCAGAUGUAUUAUAUGUAUAUAAUAGGUGUAAAUGUAUCUAUUUUUUGUUUCCACGUGUAUAUUUGUCGAAUAUAUAUUUUCAUAGAAUGUAGGGCUGGCCUUGUACUCCUUUGUUUAGAUGUGUGUGAGACCUCUCAAGCUACUCCUUUACUCGCAUGGAGAUUCAUGUUCAAUAGAAUAAAUGAUUUAUAGUUCAUGAUCUUAAUGUAUAUUUGGAUGGAAUUCCACUAAAUUCCCAGCACUGGAUUUAUUUCAAACAGCAUGCUCUUGCUUGGUUAUUGAAGAGGAGGAGGAGAGGAGACGAGAGCUAUUUGCGGAAUACAUGUGCAAGUGUUCUCGCUUCUGAAUCGAGGAACUUUCUAACUGGAUGGUUUACUUUGUGUUUAGAUGUUUCAAAUGUAAUUUUAGAGCUCAUUUUGCUACCAGAGCAUUAAUAAACGUGUAUUUGCU